AUGGCGGACCCCCCUGGCGGAAGCAUUCAUCGGGAUGCACAGGGCAAACCUACCGGAGUCCUCGACGAGGGUGCGAUGAUGUCUGUCAUUUGGCCGUUCCAAGCCGCGUCGGCCCCGAAGCGUGAGCGCAUUGAAGCAAUCAGAGCAGCCAUCAAAGAGUAUAACGCCGCCGGUUACACUGGUGUGGUGGAGAUGGCCAUGGAUGAAGAGGCCUGGGACGCUCUCGUCACCCUGAAAGAAGAAGAGCCGGCUCUGUCAAUUCGCGUUGCGUCUUACUGGUUGAUAAAGCCGACUGCAGAUAUCGCAGCCAACUCAAGGCAAGUCCGACGUGCUAUUGAGCUGAGUAGGACAUUCAACUCCAGCAACGACCCAGACCUCCGCAUCGUCGGCGUAAAGGUUAUUUGCGACGGCAUCAUCGACGCGUGCACGGCAUACCUCUCAGAACCAUACGCGCCAGCCGGUCUCCCGCCGCCAAUCUGGGAGGAGGAACAUGUGGAGGCUGUCGUCAAGGAGGCAGACGCUGGAGGACUCCAAGUCGCACUGCACGCGAUCGGCGACGCGGCCAUCAGAAUGGCGAUCGACGCGAUUGAGAAGAAUGGCACCCCAGGACGGCGGCAUCGGAUCGAGCAUUUGGAACUUGCAUCGCCAGAAGACGCUCAGCGACUGGGCAAAUUAGGCUUGACGGCGUCCAUUCACCCCGUGCACGCCGACCCUUCAAUCCUUACGGAAUGGCCGAGACUUCUGGGAGAAGACCGCUGUAAACGGGCCUUUGCGUAUCGCGAAUUCGCAGACGCGGGCGCUUUGAUGGCGAUUGGGAGCGACAGCCCUACAUCACCGUGGGCUCCGAUGCAAAAUCUCUAUGUUGCGACUACCAGACGCUCGUCGCGGGAUCCGAGCUAUCCCAAGGUGGUUAACGAGCACUUCAAGCUGGGGUUGUGCGAAUCAGUGGUUGCUGCGACUUGGGGCGCUGCUUGUAGCGUAUUUGCCGAGGAUAGAGUUGGGAGCUUGGCUGUGGGUAAGCUCGCGGACUUCAUUGUCGUGGACAUGGAGUGGGAUGCCGCUCGCCUGUUGAAUGCAAAGAUUGAAGAGACUUGGUUUGGAGGAAACAAACCGUGA